CUUUCGUUGUCUUUGGAAAAAGACAAACCGGGUUUACAGAUAAGAAUAAAGAACUUUUCUCUUUCCUCCGCAAUAGAAAUUUUCGUGUUUGUUCAGUAGUUUAAAUAACCUAAGUAAUGAUUUGCCCGGAUUUUUUAGAAUUUCAGGACAUCCUUAAAAAGAUGCGAGUGUUGGAUGAUAAAAUAGUUUACGCCCUCAAUACCUCUAUACCCACGGAGUCUUUUAAAACAAAAGAAAAUGCUACAGAAGCUUGCCAAGAUUUAUACCAACAAAUACAAAAGGGCCAUGAGGAAAGAGAAAAUGUUAUAAAAAAGUGUAUAGUCACUACAGCUGACAGCGUAAAAAAGUUAUUAUCUGCUAAAGAGACAAAUCCUGAUAAUUUUGAAACUUUAAAGGAUUUGAAAGCUGAACAGAGAAAGUUACGUCUCUUACAAACUGAGCUAAGUGUGGAAGAAGUUAUUAAGGAAAAGACUAGUAAACUGUUCACUGAGAAAUGUAGAUCAUAUUACAAGCCUAAUGAUUCAUGAAGACUGAAAUUCAAAACACAGGUUCCAGGAAACCUAAACCUAGCAUUAUGUUGCAAUGUCAAAAUAAAGAAGCAUAAAGUAGUAGUGUAUAUGAAAACAUUAUAAAACAUUCUAUCA